AAGGUAUGAGAAAGUAGAUAACUAGAUGACUAGGGAAACUCUAGAAAAGAGGAAAACUCGAGGGUUUAUAUACCCGAGAUGAGAAGUGAAACACAACGUAAGGUUAAGCGGAGAGCUGAAUACAAGUAUAGACCAAAGCGGUCGGAGCUAGGUGGUAACAACGGGCUCGGCGUGUCAGCCCAGUCCAAGAGGGGAGGAGGCGCGGUGUUGUCGUGGCAUCGGCUACACCUUGAAGUAGCUCGAUGCAUUUCUCCCGAAGACCGACAGACGUUUCCGAAUCCGACCCCUCAAAUCGUUUUCUAUCAAUCCGGCCAGGAAUAUGGCUUGACUCUACAAGCAACUUCAUACACCAGCUUCUUAGUCAACCAAAUCCGAGAUGCUUAUGCUUUCCUUGUGCAACAUUACAUCCCUGGUGAUGAGCUCUUGCUGUUUGGGUUUUCUCGAGGAGCUUUCAUCGCAAGGACGAUUGCAGAGAUGGUAGCCGAGAUCGGAAUCCUCAACAUGGCGGGGAUGGAAGACUUCUACCAAGUCUUGGCAGCCUGUCAGUUGUUGCAUGCGAAAGGAGACAGCGAUAGGGUCGAGCGGGGGAGGGCUUCUGCACAAGCAUUCCUGGACGAAUAUUAUCAGGGUGGACAAAAGCAAUUAAGAAGGAUCUCCGAAGGGUCCCUGAAAUGUGUGGGCGUUUGGGAUAUGGUCGGCGCAUGCGGUCUGCCUGAACCGUUUGCUCAGAAGUACCCUCUACUUGGAUUUGGAGAUAGGAAAUUGAGUGUCCACAUCAAGUAUGCUUUCCAUGCCAUAGCUAUGAGUGAGACACGAAUGGAUUUGCAGCCUACGAAGUGGGAGCUCGGAUCGACCUCAAAGGAGUGCAACGAAGCUGUCAAGCUGAACAAAAACAAGUACUUAAACAGAUUUGUGUACCCCAGUUACUCUCCUAUAAACCUCUCGUUGCUCAGUCGUUGUCUCUUACCCACCCAGGCCAAUUUGAUUCACCACAACUUGCUCGCAAUCAACGAGGAAUAUCUCCAUGGAAUGUUGUCGGUCUUUUGGACGAGAGUCCAGAGAGGAUUUGGGCUGUAUGACCCUGAAGGACCGAGGAGAUACUGUCUGUCAAGUACGACGAGACAGAUCCCGAAGUCCUUGAACGCUCUGACGAAAGAGACGAUCCACCGUUCUGCCUUUUCUUCUCCAGAGCGAAUGAUUCCUUGCUUGGAGCAGGUCCAGACGGAUUACAAGGCAGAGCCGGAGUUGCUCGAGGAGCUGCUUCCAUUUGAGAUCGAGAUCCGGAACCAUUUGGACUUCCUGACCAAGCAAUGGGCGGUUCAUGAGGGCCAUCGGGUCCGGCCUGACGAGUUCAACGACUGGCCGGAUCAGCAAUCUUGGUACCAAGAGCGCUGGUAUCUGAACUUCAAAGACACUCAGCUCGGAUCUAAACCUCAAACCCACGGUCUAUUCCUAGAUCUCAUGGACCAACCUUUUUGGCCAUUGGACACAAAACGCUUGAAGGAAGAAAUGAUCUCCAGGGGCAGAGGGAGGGGACAUGCUUCUGUUGAAGAUGCUGCAAUGCGUAUGCUCGGAACACCCAUGGAUUGA